AUGGAUAUUAAUGAAGAAAUACAAGAACUAGAAGAAGAAGAAAAUAUAUCUCCAAUAAUUCAAAUAUUUGAACGUCUUACAUUUGAGCGAGGUCAUGAAACAUAUGAUCAAGUAACAUCUAUGAUUGAAUUAUUUUCAUUAUCAAAUAUAACAUUAGAUAUGUUAGAUACAUUAAUUGAAUGUGUUAAAAUUGUUUUUAUUCAUCAACAUACAAAUAAAAAUAUGCGAAUAUUAGAUUUUUUAAUUACAUUAACACAUGUUACACAUAUUAAUUACAAAAAUAAUAAAAAUUUAUCACUGGUUUUUGAUGCUCUUAUUGAUAUAUUUACUCAGACAAUGGUAGCCGUUGAUAGUCAAAUUCGUUAUACAACAUUUCAUAUUUUAAAUAAACUUCAAUCAUUUAUUGAUCUAUCUCGAUCACCUUAUAUACCUGAUCAAUUUGAACAAUAUUUAUUAGAAUUACUUAAUAAUGAAACAACAUUUCUUGUUCUUGAUGAAAUUAUACCAUUAGCUGCUAAAUUUCAACAUAAAAAUCAUCAAUUUAUUGAUGCUUUUCUUCGUAGAAUCAAUUCACCAAAAUGGUUUUCAUAUUUAGAUCGACGACGUCUAAUUAUAUCAUUACUUGAAUAUUCAUCUUCUUCUUUGAAUUUUCUUCUUUCAACAAUUGAAACUGAUAAUGAUUUAUCACAAUUAGCUUUUGAAAGUUUAUUAGCUCAUGAACGAGGUUUUACAUUUGAUAAAUUAGAUUUUCAUGGUCGAUUAAUAAUAUUUCAAGUUGCUAGUAAAUCUCGUGAUUUAUCACGUCUUAUUUUUACUCAAUGGAUUAGUCAAAGUGGAUAUGAACUUGUUGAUAUUCUUCGAUUGUGUAAAAUAUCAACUUUAAAUGAAAAUAAGAAAAAUAAUAAUAGUUUAACUAUUGAAACAUGUUUACGAUAUUUUCUUGAUGAUAAUAAUAUUCGUCGAAUUGUUAUUAAUAAUAUAAAAUUAGCUAUUGGUACAAGCAAAGAUGGUCUUUUACUUUCAAAUGUAUCAAAUUAUGUUGAAUAUUUAUUUAUAUGGCGUAUGUUAUGUCAAUUAAUGAAUGAAGAAGAUGAUGAUACAAAUAUUCAUCCUGAUUUUCAUGAAUUUAUUUCAUAUUUUUAUCGUUUAAUUAAAUUAUCUGUUAAUAAAAAAUUAUCUUCAAUAGAAGAAUUUAUUAUUUAUCAAUAUGCAUCAAUUCUUUCAACAUUUGAUAUGCUUGAUAUAUAUCGUCGUAAAUGUAUUGAAGCUAUAGGUCGUUGUAUACUUGUACAUUUUGGACAAUAUGAAACAAUAAUUGUACAAGCACUUCAACUUGUUCAUCGUAUUCAUUUAUCAAUAGAUACAAUUAAUGAACGAUAUCAAUUAAUAACAUAUACAUUAAAUGAUAUUAUUCAACGUUGUCAAAAUGAACAAUUUGAAGAAUUAACAUUUAUACAAUGUAUGACUAUAGCAAAAGUAUUUAUUGAACAAGAAAAAGAACUUGAAUUAAAUAAUACAGAUUUAAAAAAAUUACUUGAUUCAUUAAUUAAAUCAGGUUUGUCACAUAGAGAUAUUAAUAUUCAAUCUCAAACUUUAUCAACAUUACGAUCUCUUAUGUGUCAUUCUCGACAAGCAGCAAUUGAAUAUAUCAAACAAAAUCUUCAUAUAACUAAUAAAAUCGAAAAUAUCUCAUUAAAAUGUCAAUCAAUAUCCACUUUUAUUGAUGUUCUUCUUGUUCAUGGUCUUGAUAUUUUAACAAAUAUAAAUUUAUUAAAUUUAACAUCUUCUCAAUUUACAACACAAUAUUUUUUAAAUUUUUUUGAUCAACAAAAUAUUGAAAUAAAAAAUACUAUUGUAUUUGGUCUUAUUAAAUUAUUUCUUAGUUCUCAUCUUGAACCAAAUAUUGCUCUACUUAAAAUUAUACUUGAUUAUCGUUUUUCAAAUGAUUAUCGAUCGAUUAAUCAAUAUCAACGAGAUGACAUAACUUCUUUCUUCUAUUUUUUUAUUCAUUUAUCAAUUUCAAAUGUUUUACUUAUUGAAGAAUUAACAUUUGAUCUUAUUUCUCGUUAUCUACCUUUUGUAUCGGAUCAUAGUACAAUAGCUUAUAAAUCAAUCUUAAUUGAAUCAAUGUGUUAUUUUUGUAUUGAAUUACUUUCUUUACCAACUUUAUUAAUUGAUAAAUUAAAUGAAGAACAUUCUCAUUAUCAUCUUGCAAUAAAUCUUCUUGAAUCAAUUCAUAAUUCAACUAAUAAUCAUACAUCAUUUAUUAUAAAAUCUUAUUUAAAUACAAUAAAACAUUUUCAAUUUCAAUAUAUGAAAAAAGAACAAUUACAAAUUAUUCUAGAUUCAAUUAUUCAACUUCGACAAUAUCCAAAUUUACCUUUAAUUAUAUCAAAUUCUAUAAAAAAUAUUGAAGAACAAAUACAAUCAUGUUUAAAAUUAAUUAAGAAAUUAACAAAUGAUAACAAUGAUGAUAAACGAUCUCGUUCACCUUCACCAUCAUCUCAAAGAAAUUCUAAACGUAUUUCUUCAACAUUUAAACCGUCGAUGAUUU